UCUAGUAAUGUAAGACCUAGCCUUACUUUCUGACUUGGCACACAGUUCUCCUCCUCGUCUAUAUAAACCCUUCUUACUUCCUCUCUUGGCACACCUCUUUCAAACCCUCAAAACCCUCUCUCUUUAUAUAAACACAACAAAGAAACUGGGUGCAGACACUACUAGCUAGUAGAAAUCAAUUAAAAUGGAGAUCGACCCGACAACAUACUACGACAACUUGAAGAGGUACUGGAGGAGGAGAAGGUACCAAAGGAUGAAUGGUGAGACCAGAAAGAAGAUGAGGGUCACCAGGCUCGGCGGAGGAGCUAAAGGGAGCAACAGUCCUAGGCGGAGUUGGAAGCUCAAGACCAAGCUGAGGUUUCUGAAGUUUGUUUCACCAAUAAAACUUUUGGCAAAGUUGCAUAAUGGUUACGUUGACAUGAUGAUUCGGAUGGCGGGCAAGGCCGGGGGUGUGGGAAGGAUUGCCGCGAAGAAGAUUGCAAAACCCCAAGACCAGAUUUCAAUGGCUUCUUGUGGUGACGAAUUAGUUGACAGCAGAUUGGUUUUGGAGAUUUACAAGAGGCUGGCUGCUUCUCGCCAACUAGCAGCUGGCUGCUGAUUCGAAUUCAGAUAUACAUUUAGUUUCAUAUUUACUUCACUUUUCUUCCUGUUUAUCAGAAGUCUGAAAGUUAGGCUGUUUGAGACAGUGACGUUGUAAUAACUAAACAGUUUGUAACUGUAAAAAUGUUCUCCUCACUCCUCAUGGGACCUUUUGAAGUACUCAUCAAGUGUGUUUAAAAUUUAGAAAAACUAAUGAAAAGGGUUUGAAAA